CCGAGUUCACCUCCGGAGUUGUCGUAUUCGAAGAGCUCGAAGUCGUCAUCUUCGUCGUCGAACAAUAGUGAUGAGGAUGAGCUGGAGGAUGCUGGGAUCGCGAGUAGUAAGACGAGAAAUUUCGAGGAGGUACAACUUGCGGGUGACGAGCGCGAGGACAAUAAUCUGCCGCCAGGCAGCCGACCGACUCUGCGGAAACCAGCGCAUCGCUCCUUUACUACUGGCGCGACGGACGCGAGUGCUGCGGGAAUCUUGCGAGACCAGAGUCUGAACCUGCCGCAUGGCCGCCGGAGCAUGCAACGAGCGACUAGCAGUCCUAUAUCGCCAUUCGCCCGAAUGUCUCGAACGCCCUCGCCGAACAAACCAUUCAUUUCUGGCAGUCCUUCCGCGACCUCACCACAAGCGAACGGCCGCAGCCCUUCCUUCGAAGGAUCGAUACCGCAUCGAAACGCUCCCGGAACAUUGGCUCGCUCUGUGUCAUGGCAGCCGGGCAGGAAGUCAGUCCAAGAGCUGGAGGCGGAGUGCAAUGACGAGGACGAGGAGGUGCCGGACGAUGCGAUUCUGGAGAAUGUGCCAAUCUCUCCCUUGCCUGGUCAGCACCUCUCGGCAUACAAAUCCCCCAAUGUGAGCGCGACAUCAUUAUUACGCUCGCCGACUCCAAGUCCACAUCGAAGACCAUCCUACGCAGGUCUCCACUCCGCCAACAUACCCAAGGGAGCAAAACGACCUUCUGCACCACCACUCAACGGACAAAACCGACCAACACGAUCCCCGAAAUACGGCAGACCACGAAUGCCUCACAGCGCGACAGCCGGAUCAUUCCCUGCUGCCGAAAGACUACACGGCAAGCAACGCUCUCGAUCAUGGCAUGAGCAUCUCAACGAUGAGGCUCGAGAGCUGUCGCAAGCAUUGGAAGAGCACGCAAGCCGCAGACCCACCGAGUCGAAGUCCCACACGGCCGACAGCACACCCUCGAGCAGCCCACCGCGAACAACAGCCAAACCUGUCCGGUCGAUUACGAGUCCGACCGAGUUCCCGUCUGUGCCAGCGUUGCAGAAAGGUAACAUCAUGAUUGAUCCGCUGCCGAUCAGCAAAGAGAAGGAAGCAGUACUCUCACGGACAAGACCGUCAUGGUUACCACCAAAGGAUCAGAAAGAGGAGAAACGGCACUUGAGAGAAUUCCAGCAGAUGAUGGCGCGAGCAGCCGAGGCCGAGAAGAAGCGCUUACUGAAAAUGCAGGAGAAUCGUGAGAUGGACGAGGAGGUACAAGGCAGUGUUGCUCGAAUUUGGGAUCAGCAUGUCCUUCCUAAUUGGGACGCCGUCAUGAAAGAACCACGCACGAGGGAACUAUGGUGGCGAGGUGUCACUUCACGGAGCAGAGGCGAAGUCUGGCAGAAAGCGGUUGGAAAUGAACUAGAACUGUCACCAGCUUCCUACGAUGCUGCUCUCGAACGAGCCCGCGCACUGGAGGAGAAACUUGGCGACCUACCGGAGGAAGAGCUACCCAGCAGCAAGGAGCUGGCCUGGUUUGAAGCCAUCGAUCGAGAUGUGACGACGGUCUUUCCGGAACUGAACAUGUUCCAGCACGGCGCACCUCUGCACGACGCUCUGGGCAACGUCCUGAAAGCCUACGCCAUGUAUCGAAGCGAUAUUGGCUAUGUUUACGGAACUCACCUUGUGGCGGGGAUGGUUUGUAUGCAUGUUCCUCCAGCCACGGCAUUCGUGCUGCUGGCCAACUUGCUCAACCGUCCCCUCCCGCAUGCAUUCCUCGUUCACGACCGGACUGGCAUGCAGCGCGCCUACGAACUUACCCUCCACACGCUUCGCUACAAAUUCAGCAGGCUGCACGACCACAUCACGUCCGAAACCAUCGGCCUCCAUCCGGAAGAAUUUCUCGACCCCAUGUUCCGCUGCUUGUUUGCAAAUAAUCUUCCUCACGAACAUGUUGCCCGGAUCUGGGACCUUUUCGUUUUCGAAGGCGACAAAGCGCUGGUCCGCGCUGCUGUGGCCGCCAUGGGCAUACUGGAGCCCAAGCUGUACGGCAACAGAGAGGAGAUCCUCGGUCUGAUCGGCUGGCAGAAUGAGUCGCGCUGGAGUGUCGGGACUGAGAACGAAUUCGUCGAGGCCGUCAGAGAGGCUGGCAAA